AUGGGAUUCGGCAUCGUCGAGCCAAAGUCUAUUCGACAUGGUCAAGUGCCGGGUACCGCAAGGUUAGUGGACAGAGUUGACACUACCGAAGCUGGACCCGAUGGAAGGCCACUCAAGCAUGGCAAAGGCAGAAACGCUCACAUCGUGUUGGUACCGCAACCGUCAGAUUCACCCAAUGAUCCAUUGAACUGGCCGCAAUGGAAGAAGGAAAUGACCUACCUGGCUAUCUGCGUGUCUACAGCUCUAGGCGGUGCAUUGGGCCCCAUACUCUCACCAGUGCAAGGCGAGAUCGCUCAUCAGUAUCAUGUCAGUAUUGAGGAGUCUGCAUUGCCUGCGGGUUACGCCUUGAUGACGGCUGGUAUAAUGGCCUAUGUUUCGCACGUCUGGGCUCGAAGCCUUGGCAAGCGAGGCAUCUACAUCAUCAGCACUGCCAUUCUGCUCGCCACCUCUAUCUGGACGACUCAAGUUACAACUUUCAACGGCCUGCUUGCUGCGAGGACUGUCCAGGGUUUGGGCAACGGCGCGUAUGAAAGCAUUGCGGUUUCAACGAUCGGUGACCUGUUCUUCGUGCAUGAGAGAGGCAAGCGCAUCGUAAUGUUCAAUAUUGCAACACUUGGCAUGGCGAACCUCGCACCAAUAGCUGGGGGCGUCAUAUCGCAGAAAUAUGGCUGGAAAACGCAGUUCACCAUCAUCUCGGCCUUCACGGCGGUCGCUCUAGUGCUUAUUUUGGUCGCUGUUCCGGAGCACGGCAACUACUACCGCCCAUCGAUCUUCGAGACCGACACCGCGGCUGGCGGAGAUGCCGCAGUUGCUGCAGUCGAGGAUGACAAGAAGACGCCAGAAGAGCACACUAUGGAAGCUCCAGUUGCAGAAGAUGCACGACCGAAAGACGAACAUGUAGAGACAUACCUGCAGCAGCUGCGGCCGAUCACGCUACCGUCGAAGAGGCCGAACCUACUGGCACUGAUGCUUCGUCCGUUCAUCUGCUUUAUGUAUCCGGCUGUCUUUUGGGGAUUUUCAGUCGGCGGUCUUUGGAGCGCAUGGACUGUUGGUAUGUCCAUCGUCGAGGCUCAGAUCUUCGCUGGUCCGCCAAAUCUGUUCUCACCAGUCAAGCUUGGCUACCUCUUCGUAUUCCCAUUCGUCUUCAUCGUCAUUGGCUGCAUUGUCGGCUUCCUACUAAGCGAUUGGUUUCCUAAGUGGGCCGCAAAACGCAACAACGGCAUUUUCGAGCCUGAGUUCCGUCUUAUCCUACUGAUUCCGGUUCUACUAGUUGGCAUUCCCGGCAUCUUCGGUUUCGGAACGUACGCAUCAGGACGCCACGUACACUGGGCCGCAGCGAGCGCGCUUCAAGGUCUGAUCGGCUUUGCUAGCAUCCUCGCGGCUGGUGUCUCCUUCAACUACGUCCUCGACUGCCACCGCGCUCAGAGUGUGGAGGUAACGGUCGCGCUUAUCAUGCUGCGCAACUUCUUCUGGUUCGGCUCUAGUUACUUCCUUCCAACUUGGCUGGCCAGCGCGGGCGUUUCGACUGUGUGGUACAUUGUCGGGGGUCUGCAGUUGGGCAUCACUUUGCUUUCGAUCUUGGUCUACAUCUAUGGCAAGGUCAUGCGUGAAGCCGUGAACCGAUACGCUCCUACCAGCUGA